CAAAUUGAAUAAUGCGUAUUCUGCGUCCAGGAUCCAACAAGACUACGUCAGCUAUAUGAGGAAUUCAAAAGGAACUACAGCAAAUCCUAUGAGGUUGAUGGUCAACGAUAUCAAGCGUUUCAAUAUUUUCGAGGACAAUCUAAAACAAGCAGAGUUUUAUCAAACUCUUGAACGUGGAACAGCUCUUUACGGUGUAACGCGGUUUUCGGAUCUCACUGGCGACGAAUUUCGGGAAGCCUUUUUGGGCCUUCGCCGUGAUCAGCAAUACUCGACGACGUCGCACAGUUAUGUGAAAAAGGACUCCGUUUCCAUCCCCCAGGACUACGACUGGCGAGUAUACGGUGCUGUUGGGCCAGUGCUGGAUCAGGGUCACUGUGGUUCUUGCUGGGCAUUUUCCGUCAUCGGCAACAUUGAGGGUCAAUGGUUUCGUAAAACUGGUCAGCUCGUUAGUCUGAGCAAACAGCGAGCUUCCAUGUCACCUGAACCACCGAUAUUGUCCCUAAUUGUACGCUUGCUUAAUCUGAACAAAUUGAAUAAUGCGUAUUCUGCGUCCAGGAUCCAACAAGACUACGUCAGCUAUAUGAGGAAUUCAAAAGGAACUACAGCAAAUCCUAUGAGGUUGAUGGUCAACGAUAUCAAGCGUUUCAAUAUUUUCGAGGACAAUCUAAAACAAGCAGAGUUUUAUCAAACUCUUGAACGUGGAACAGCUCUUUACGGUGUAACGCGGUUUUCGGAUCUCACUGGCGACGAAUUUCGGGAAGCCUUUUUGGGCCUUCGCCGUGAUCAGCAAUACUCGACGACGUCGCACAGUUAUGUGAAAAAGGACUCCGUUUCCAUCCCCCAGGACUACGACUGGCGAGUAUACGGUGCUGUUGGGCCAGUGCUGGAUCAGGGUCACUGUGGUUCUUGCUGGGCAUUUUCCGUCAUCGGCAACAUUGAGGGUCAAUGGUUUCGUAAAACUGGUCAGCUCGUUAGUCUGAGCAAACAGAACCUCCAUUUAGAUGACAAACUAAGAUUCUCGAUUUUCCGGGACAACUUGAAACGACUUCAACACCUUCGGAAACAUGAUCAAGGGACCGCAGUCUACGGGAUCACAAAAUUUUCCGAUUUAACAGCUGAGGAGUUUCGUCUCAGGUAUCUGGGAGCUCGAUUCCAUCUUGAAACCAGCCGUGCGGAACUCUAUGGUUUUGAUGGCCUGGGUGACGUCCCCGAAAAAUUCGACUGGCGGGAACUUGGAGCAGUCGGUCCCAUUCAGGAUCAGGGUGAACGUGGUUCUUGCUGGGCAUUUUCUACCAUAGGAAAUAUUGAAGGGCAGUGGUUUAAAAAGACCGGGCAGCUUCUCACAUUGAGUGAACAGCAACUGAUAGACUGUGAUUCCGUAGACGAUGGCUGUGGUGGCGGGUAUCCUCCGGACACCUAUGGUGACAUUGUCAAAAUGGGUGGCCUUGAACUCAACGCCGACUAUCCGUACACCGCAGCCGACGGUGUGUGCAAGAUGGACCGGUCAAAGUUCAAGGCUUACGUCAAUAAAUCCCUGGUCCUGCCAACCAAAGAAAAUCAGCAGGCUGUGUGGCUUGCGAAGAACGGUCCACUGAGUGCAGGCAUCAAUGCGGACUACCUCCAGGUAGUAACCUUGUUUUAUGAACGUUUUGUUAGUGACCCCACUACACUAAGCAAAUUCUG